AUGGGAGGCAACACUUUAUGUGAUAGCUCCACCAUCACAUUGCACUACGAAGACUACGAGGGCCAUCACGCAGUCUUUAGUGAAGAAGGUAUAAAAACGCUUAGGUGUAUUGCAGCAACGUUGAGCUCCAGAAAUGAAUUGGCUGAUUGUGUUCAGAUGUAUACCGAGCAUCGAAAGGAUGUAGUCAACCUGGUAUAUGUGAGGCUCCAUGAGAAAUUGAAGGAAUUGGCUUCACUAAUCCAAUCAGCAAAGGACGCAUUGAAAGCUGUUGAGGAAUCUGUGAGACGAGAGUUCGCUGCUGCAAAAUCUAUGAAUAGUCACCUUAAUGCAUCAUCACAAUCUCCUACAAGAGGUGUUGCAGAACAGCCCUCAGAUGCUUGCCAGAACAGAGCAAAGAUAGUUAUUACGAUCCAGGACAAGGAUGGGCCCAAGCAAUUUAGAGUUUUCGUGGAUGAUAAAUUUGAGAGACUCUUCAAGAUGUAUGCCGACAAGGUCAAGCUUGAUUUGCAGAAUCUAGUUUUUUGUUUUGAUGGAGUAAAAUUAGUCCUACUGCCACCCCUACUGGGCUUGAAAAUUGAAAUGGAGGAGAAUGACAUCAUCGAGCAAAUGACAAAUAUCCUUUCUACUACAGAGAAACAGGUUCUUCGUGAGCUUUCAACGAGGCCAUUUCCUGGAGGAGGAAUUCACCCCUUGACUAAGUACAUAAUUCAUCACAUUGAGCUGAUUUACGUUCACAGGUCUACAAGAGUUGUGAAAAAAAAGUUCAAGACCUUCAAUAGUAUGUUUGAAGAUAUUCUUCAGACUCAAGAACGAUGGAUAGUACCAGAUCAGCAGCUGCGGAUGAAACUUCUUGAAUGCAUAUUGGCUAAGCUGAUUCCGGCCUAUAAUCACUUUCUUGAGCGGCUAAGCCGAGUACACAAAGUGAAGCGUGUGAGUGAGUACAUAAAAUAUUCUGUCAAGGACUUGGAGACCAAGGUGCUGGAUAUGUUUCAGAAUAAGUAUUGA